AUGGCAAAGCAAUUGAGACUACCACUGCCAGGCUCAAGAUACAACAUGUUAGUUAGCCAUGUGCCCUUCAACAAAACGGCCAUUGACAAAGUGAUUGCAAAUGGCACUUAUGUAACAAUACUGCGUCAUCCUGUGGCUACAUAUGAGUCAAUCUUUGGAUUUUUUAAAUUUACCAAUUACAUUGGCAUCAAAUACAAUGAAAGUCAAGACGCAUUUGAAAAGUUUCUUUCGCAAGCAAAUUAUUAUUUGAAACGACUUAUGGAUCCUUACCACAAGACAUUGUUAAGAAAUAGACAAAUGUUUGAUAUUGGACUUGCUAUUGAAAACUCUGACAAUGAAACCUACAUAGAUAGUGUGAUACAACAAGCAACUAAGGAGUUUGAUUUGGUGAUGAUUAAUGAAUACUUUGACGAAUCGCUCAUUCUUCUGAAAAAACUAUUAUGCUGGGAUUUUAAAGAUAUCCUGUACAUGCAACAGAAUAAAAGAAAUGACCAUCUUCGCUUUGACAUUGAUGAAUGGAAACGACAGCGAAUAUUGACAAUCAACAGUGCUGAUAACAAACUUUAUCAACAUUUCAAUAAAACGCUCUGGCGUAAGGUGCAGGAAUACGGCGAUAACUUUACUGCAGAUUUGACAACAUUUCGAGGUAUGUUAAACAAGAUGAAAGCCGAAUGUUUAGAUGAAAGUAAAUUUGUGAUUGACUAUCAAGACCGCAGGAAUAACACGUUUUUGAAAAAAACCGCCCCUGUGUAUUGUAAAAAGAUGAAAUACGAAGGUUUUGAACUCCUCGAUGCAUGGCAGAAAUCCAGGCCAAUACUUCCUGCAAAGACAUCAAAAAAGCUACGAUAA